GGCUGGCCCGCCGCACCCCUCUUUGCAUAUUCAUGAAGCCGAGCAAGGCCGGCCACCUCAGCCAGCCAUAGAGAGUAAUGAAUUAUUCAUGAGGAAGCAUCUGGCCCCGCCCAGAAGGACCUAGUUGAUUAUUCAUGAGCCCGAGUAGCUGGUUUGUACCGGAAAAGACGGUUGCGGCCAGGUGGGAGAGAGGCGUCGACCAGCUGAGGUUAGAAUUGUUGAAAGAAUCCUGAUACAUUCCUACAAUGGCCACUGCCCAGCUCUCUCACUCCUUCACAGUACACAAAGCAUCUAAGGAAACAGUUUUUCCAUCUGAAAUCACUAAUGAGCAUGAGUCAUUGGUAAUGGUGAAGAAGCUUUUUGCUACUUCUAUCUCAUGUAUAACAUAUCUAAGGGGCCUGUUUCCAGAGAGCUCUUAUGGAGAGCGCCAUUUGGAUGAUCUCAGCUUAAAAAUCCUCCGAGAAGACAAAAAAUGUCCUGGAUCACUGCAUAUUAUCAGGUGGAUUCAAGGUUGUUUUGAUGCUUUGGAAAAGAGAUACCUACACAUGGCAGUACUUACUCUUUACACAAAUCCCAAGGAACCUGAGAAAGUGACUGAAAUAUACCAGUUUAAAUUCAAAUACUCAAAAGAAGGAGCCACUAUGGAUUUUGACAGGAGCAGUGCAAGCUUUGAAAGUGGGACAAAGAGUGAAGAUAUUAAGAAAGCCAGUGUUCUACUGAUCCGUAGAUUGUACAUGCUGAUGCAGAACCUUGGACCCCUUCCUAAUGAUGUUAUACUUACUAUGAAACUCCACUACUAUAACACAGUGACCCCACGUGAUUACCAACCCCCUGGUUUUAAAGCAGGGUUGAAUUCACGCUUCCUGCUCUUUGAGGGGGAGCCUGUCAACCUGCAAGUGGGAUUGGUCUCCACUGGCUUUCAUAGCAUGAAAGUAAAACUGACGACUGAGGCUGCCAGAGUGUCUGAUUUGGAGAAUAGUCUCUUUCAGGAGAACACUACUGAGAUUGCCCAUCAGGGUCUAGACUGUGAUGAGGAAGAAGAGGAAUGCAACAAGCACAUUCAAAGAAUGAAUUUUCUGUGCAAUCAGCAAAAUCCUGAGAGCUCCAGGAAGAAGAGGAAGGUCAGCGAACCAGUGAAAAUCUUCAUCCCUUACAGAAAAUGAAAGUUCAAUGCUUUUGCUACAUUUAUUAUAAAAAAAUUUUAUGUUGCAAAAACAUGCAUGAAAUGUCUUAAUAGGAAAGUAAGUCCCUAUUACCAAAACCGUUUUCUAAAUUUGUUGCUCAACUUUUUUAGUCAAUUAACUAAGUGCUAAAUUACUGAGUAGGACAUAGACUUACUUUGCCACAAGAAAACAAGGUCACCAGGGCUGCCUUGGGAUAGCAUUACUUCAAAGUUGACUUAGAGAUGAGACACCUUUUAUGUUAAUAUUUGUAAAAGAACCAUGGCAGCUAUUUUGAAAAGAAAUAAGCUGUUGUUCUCAAAGGAAAGGAGGAUUUUUUUUUUUUGUAUAAUUAAACUCUUCAGGUAUUUAGACUACUGUGAAAUGUUUUAACUUGUUGUAACCUGUCUACUGGAAUCCCUCUAUAGCUUUAUUAAAAUUCCCACAGAGUUGCAUAGGAUGUGUGUGACGAUGCUUAUCCAGGUGUGAUUUAUGUGUUAAUUUCAAUCACAAGGUUGAUCAGCUAAUUGUGGGACCAAAAUGUGCUCUCCCUGUAAAGUUCCUCAAUUCUGGCCCCAGGCCCUAUUCCGUUAGCCAAUCUAAAACAGGGAACAUGCUGCAAUUUAGAAGCCUGGCUCCCUUUUAAGGCCUAUGUUUAUUUCUCAGCAAGCACCUUAGUUUAUUAGUCUGUAACCUGCAGAUGAUGCUAUUAGUUCUUCCUUAUUCUGGAAGAAUUUUGAUAGGCUUAGUGAUUAGUAUGAGAUGAAUAAUAAAUGACUUAAAGUGUUA